ACAAAUAUUUCUGUAACAUCGACUACGUGCCAGGCACUGAGGGUACAGAGAUUAGCCCCACGGAGCUGGCCUCAGCACUCACCUGCGCAGCCAUGGAGGCCCCAGGGCCCGGGGGCGACCGCGCCUCCCCAGCCUCGUCCACCCGCAGCCUGGACCUGCGGCGGCUGUCCGCGCGCGCCGACUCGGCCUACAGCUCCUUCUCCGCGGCCUCCGCGGCCCCCGAGCCGGAGCCGCGCACGCCGUCGCCCGGGACCGACCUCCUCCCUUACCUAGACUGGGACUACGUGCGCGUGGUGUGGGGUGGCCCGGGCCCCGCCGGCAGCCUUCGCGCCUCCGCGCAGCCCCGGCCCGCGGCCGCCGCGCGCAGUGGGCCGCGGCCGCCCGAGGUCCAGGGCACGCCGGGGCCGCUCAGCCGGCAGGCCACCCCGCUGCUCUUUGCGCUGGCGGCCGAGGCCGAGGCGGAGGCGGCGGCGCGGCUCGUGGAGCCGCCCAGCCCACCGGCCUCGCGGGCCGCGUACCGCCAGCGGCUGCAGGGCGCCCAGCGGCGAGUGCUCCGGGAGACGUCCUUCCAGCGCAAGGAGCUCCGCAUGAGCCUGCCCGGCCGCCUGCGGCCCGCGGCCCCCGCGCGGCCCCCCGCGGCGCACCCGCGCUCCGCCUCGCUCAGCCACCCGGCCGGCGGGGGCGGGGGCGGGGGCGGGGAGGUGGAGCCCGCGCGCCCCGGGGCCACCGCCGCCCGGGCAGACGUGGGCCGGGGGCGCCUCGCCACCCAGCAGCGGCAGUGGUGCUUCUCCGAGCCGGGGAAGCUAGAUCGCGUGGGGCGGGGCGGUGGGGCGGCCGGGGAACGCUCCGGUGAGGCCGCCUGCAGUUCUGGCAUCGCCAGGCCCGGGACCCGGGAGCGGAGGGUGCUGGCGCAAUUCCAAGGCCACCAGACCAGACGGCUGCCUGAGUCGCCGCCCCGAGGCACAGAGGACCCAGAAUCCGGGUCCGCGAAGCUUGGUGACGCCUAUAGGCCCUCCGGUCGGAGUCAGAGUCAGAGCGCGUCAGGGGAAGUCUUGGCUCCCUGGGGAGGUCCAGGAGGGGUCAUGCCCAUUGUCCAGGCUGUUCCCCAAGGAGCAGAAACCCCCAGACCAUUGUUUCAGGCCCAACUUGCCAGGUUCCUGACUCAGAAGGAAGCUGCAGUGGUUUGUUCUGCAGUGUAUCCCCAAAGUAGCCCUGCUGACUGUGAACAGAGAGCCUCAGAGACAUGCAUUGGGUGUACCCGGCUCCCAUCCCUUCCAGAUGAUGAGGUUUUCCUGGAAGAAGUCCCCCUGGCCAAAAUGAGAUCACCUCUAGACACCCAUACCUGCCCAGAAAGCCCAACCAGUAUCUAUGUCUCUGACCAGCGGUAUGGAACUGGCUCAGGCCAGAGGGCUGACCAGGCUACAGACUCCCCAGAGAAUCCCCUCCAUGAACACCCAGAGACUGCAAGGGCAGAUGACUGCCACCAGAGGAUACAUGGUUCUGUGGGUGUCUCUGGGACCAUAUACUAUAGGCCCCCUGGGACUGCAAAUGGUGACAUAGCAACCUUUCACACCAAUGGACUGCUGACCAUUGACUCACUUGCAGCUACAGAGAGUGACCCGCUCAAACCUCUCCCAGUUGAUGUCCUCGGACCUCCAAGCAACAAUACCCCAGGUGCUCCUGGCUGUACUGCCGAGGCUUUGGCCGCUGGCCAGCCCGGUUCUAGGCCAACAUGGCCCAGUCCUCGCCUUGAGGAGCUGGUUCAGGAGCUGGCCAGACUGGAUCCCUCUAUGAGUGACACUCUCACUUCCUGUCCCAGCCCAGAGCCACCCCUGGACCUUCUAGAUGGGCUGAUUCCUUUAGCCGAGGUCUGGGCUGCAAUGAGGCCAGCCUGUAAGGAGGCUGGGAAAGAGGCUGCUGGUAGUCCUGAGCCAGGCUCCAGCCAGCUCCUGCCAACUUCUCAGGAGGAGACAAGGUUUGAAAACCAGACCACCCGCUCUGUGCCUGACCAGGCCUGUGGCGAGCAUCUCCCUGAUCCAAAUAGCAGCAUCCAAGCCAAGAAGAUGGAGCUAGCCGACCUCCUCCAAACGAUGCUGCGGAACCUUCAGGCCGAGCAGGAGCAGCUGCACCAGGCGGCCCAGGCUUGGGCCAGGCGCGGGGCUGCUCUGGAGGCCGCGGUGGGGCAGGCCUGCGCUCCCCGUGACCUAGAGCGGUUCAGCAGGUUCAUGGCCGACAUAGAGCGUGUGCUUGGCCUGCUGCUGCUGCUGGGCAGUCGCCUGGGCCGCGUGCGGCGCGCCCUGGCCCGGGCAGGUGCGGACAGCGACCCAGAUGAGCAGGCCUCUCUGCUGCAGCGUCUGGGGCUCCUGCAGCGGCAGCAGGAAGAUGCCAAGGAGCUGAAGGAGCACGUGGCGCGGCGCGAACGGGCCCUGCGCGAAGUGCUGGUGCAGGCCUUGCCCCCCGAGGAGCUGAGCGCCUAUCACUCCCUGCUGGUCGGCAAGGCGGCCGUCCUGGCCCAGCAGCGCAGCCUGGAUGAGCGUGUCCGGCUCCUUCAGGACCAGCUCGACGCAGUCAGGAGCGACCUUGGCCCUCAUCCCCUGCCUCCCAGGCUGGCCUGGCUCCCAGAGGCCUGUCUUCCUGAUAAACCGCCCUUCCUGCCACCCCUCAUCUAAUGACAGGCAGUGGGAGUGGGGAGCAGUGCCCCUGCCCCUCACCCACCUAACUGGGGGUGACUCUGGUGCUUUCCCUUUGCGGGGCGGAGGAAUGGGGAUGGGGCAGGGCCAGUGUGGAAGACCCAGGCCAGGGCUUCCUAGGACACGUCUAAGUGUUUUCAUGUGGUUUUACCCAUUUCUUGUGGAUUAUUUGGUGAUUAAUUUAUGAAUUUUAAAACUACAGUAUUCCCCCUUUUUGUGAGGAGAGAGGCUCUGUCUGGGUUGAUCGGAGGGAGGAGGAGACAAAUUAGAGGAGCAUCUGAACUUACUAUGCAAAACAGUUUUUUCUUUUCUAUCUUACUAAUAAUAGAUGUGGGAAGUAUGUGUGUCACCUGGAGCCUAGCUUGGGGAAGGAAUCUUGUUUACAGACAAUGGACACCAACCUUGCCUGACUAGAGCAGAAGAGGGAUUUGCUGGAGGACAUCAGUCAGGUCUGAGAAUCCUUAGGAAGACUGGGAUACAGGCUUGAAACCAGGAGGGACCAAGAGGAGGCCAGGCCUUCCAGCUCCACUGCCACCAGGAAUCCCUAGCACUUCUGGUGAUCACAUCACUACCACAAAAGCCUAGGCCUGAUUGGCCGACUCCUUCUCCUUUGCUGGUUUUUACCCAAGCCUCCAAGCUCAAUAGCAGAAGUGAGGGUAACUGCUUUCCUUCAAGACUUAAGGGAUAGGGAAUAUCCCUAUACACAAAAUAGAUUCAGUAGCUUCACUGCCUAAAAACCUUGACGAAUUCAGGGACAUUUAUUCCAAGACUCAGAAGGAACUUUGUCUUCCAAUUAUCUUAUCAAAAGUGAGUUUAUCCAGCUCUCUUUGGAAACCCCACUGGAUCCACCAGGCUUGAGGAGGGCUGUUGGGCAUGGGAGCUGAAGGUGAGCCGUGAGAGACAUGGAGAUCUAGAAUGUGGGGGCUGAGGUGUGGAGAGACCGCUCUGUUUGUGGGCCAAACAGGCUAAGCUGGGAGUGAGCUGGGGUUGGGAGAGGAGAGUUAGGUGCUGGUGUGGAAUGAAACAGAGGCCACACACUCCCUUCUGUUUGUGCAUCAGGCCUGUGUACAUAGAGUCAAUGUGAAGUUCUCAAAUAUACAUGGGAAAAUGUGCUUUAGUAUUUGCAGCUGCAAAGGCCAGGGCCAAGAACAUUGUUCAUGCAAAUGUUCAGUGUAUUUUUGGAAGUUGGGCACAUUAAAAGGCAUGUGUAUGUGUAUUUAAAGCCAACUGAC